AUGAUUCUUAGAUUCCAGUCGAAGGAGGGCCAGUUCCGACUGAACGUCGAGCUCGACACAGAUAUCUCCAGUGUGCUGCCACAAGUACAAGAAAAGCUUCCAUCCGACGUCAUCGCCUCAUCCAUCACAAUAAGUCCGAAGCCUCACGGUGCCGACUCUCGCCCAAUACAGUCCCUCAAGGACGUCACAUUCGGUCGACUAGGCCUCACACACGGCACGCAAAUCUUCCUCGACUUCAAGCAAGAUACUCCUGUUGAGAAUGGUCAUUCUGUGCCUGCAAACAAGCUCAGUGGUCAGGAUGUGGCUCCUGAAGAGGAUGUAUCCAGCGUACAGAUCGCCGCACCAACACUGGUGAAGAACCCAUGGGAUAGCGUCAAACAAUCGCCUCUUGAUGACCGAUUAGACCAGAAGGAUGGUAAGAUACACCGAAAGAAAGACGAGAAGAUGUGCAGACAUGGGCCGAGGGGUAUGUGCGACUACUGCAUGCCCAUCGAGCCGUAUGACAAGAAGUACCUGGACGAGAACAAGAUCAAGCACAGCUCCUAUCAUGCGUACCUACGGAAAGUGAAUCAGGGCAAGAACAAGUACGAGUCCGGAAGCUCCUACAUGCCGCCCUUGACCGAACCAUACUACCGGGUAAACCCGUACUGUCCUUCUGGCCACAAGCCUUUCCCACAGGGCAUCUGCUCAAAGUGCCAGCCUUCCGCCAUCUCGUUACAGGCGCAGGAGUACCGCAUGGUGGAUCACGUCGAGUUUGCCAACCCGGAAAUCGUCAACUCGUACCUCGAUUGGUGGCGAAACUCAGGCGGCACGCAGCGCAUCGGGUUCAUGUACGGUCACUACGAGGAGUACGAAAUUGUUCCCCUUGGCACGAAGGCGGUCGUCGAAGCUAUAUAUGAGCCUCCACAGGCUGAUGAGAUCGAUGGUGUGACGCUCGGCGAGUGGGACAGCGAGGAUGCGAUCGAUGAGCUUGCAUCGAAGUGCGGUCUCCGGCGUGUUGGCGUCAUAUUUACCGAUCUCACAGUCCCAGAGGAUUCAUCACAAGGUGCCGCAGCCUGCAAACGCCACGUCGACUCCUUCUUCCUCUCCUCUCUCGAAAUCCAGUUGGCCUCACGCUUUCAGGCCAAGUACCCUCGACCCAGCAAGUGGAGCGAAUCCGGGCAAUUUGGCAGCAACUUCGUCACUUGUGUGGUAUCGGGUGAUGACAAGGGCCAAAUCGGCAUCUCCGCCUACCAAGCCUCGAACGCUGCAGUCGAAAUGGUACGGGCAGAUAUUGUCGAGCCUUCCGCGGAACCAGGUGUCAUGCUUGUGCAGGACGAAGAUGAAGACAACGAGCUCGGCCGCGUACGGUAUAUUCCCGAAGUUUUCUACCGUCGCAUUAACGAGUAUGGUGCGAAUGUGCAGGAGAAUGCCAAGCCGAGCUUUCCGGUCGAAUACCUCCUCAUCACGCUCACGCAUGGAUUCCCCAACGAGACGACGCCGAAAUUCGUGAAACCUGGGUUUGCGAUUGAGAAUCGGGAUGCUAUUGGUGAGGCGCAGGAGCCGCGGGAUCUGCAGACGCAGCUCAAAGCUGGUGCAAACAGGAUUGCCCUGGACGAUACUCAGGGUGUACUCGCCGUCUCGGACUUCCAUCUCUUAUGCUUCAUCCACAAUCUCGGCGUCCUGAGCAAGGACGAAGAACAGCUCCUCUGCACCAUCGCAGUCACGCACGACGCCUCCCUCGGCGCACAACUCAUGCACACAUCAGGUUGGGCCACCCUUCAGACUAUCCUGCAGCAGAUGUAA